UAUACUGGGAACCCAGUCCAGCUCACCGUCCCAGGCAUGAUGCGGGUCCCAGCGCUGCUUCUGGUUUUCCUGGCUCCUGUCACACAGGUGUCUUCCAACACAGAAGGGGAGAAGAUGUCAAUCACUAAGGCGACUGGGUCUGGGUCGUCUGUUGAAAUCAUUUGUGAUCUUAUUACCCAAACCCUCAAAUAUAUCCACUUAUACAAGUACCAGGAGGGCACAGCUCCCCAACGCCUUCUUUACUACGACAUCUCCUACUCAAAGGUUACGUUGGAAUCAGGAGUCAGUGAAGGGAAGUACAAAGUUUAUAAAGAGAAGAGCUAUACUUUUGCAAUCUCAAACCUGCAAGAAAGUGAUUCUGGAAUGUACUACUGUGCUGCCUGGGAGAAGCACAUUGGUUGGAAGGAAAAAAUAUUUGGAAAAGUGACUGAGCUCAUGGUAGCUCUCCCUUAUAGAGACCUUGAUGUAGGCAUGCCACCCAAGCCCACUAUGUUUCUUCCUUCAAUUACUGAAAUCAACCGCAAUAAUGCUGGAACAUACCUUUGUCUUCUGGAAUUUUUUGCUCAUGUUAUUAAGGUUUAUUGGAGAGAAAAAAAUGGCAACAAAGUUCUGCCAUCCCAACAGGGAAACACCACGAAGACCACUGAUACAUACUUGAAGUUCAGCUGGUUGACCAUGACUGAAAAAUGCAUGGAGAAAGAACAUACAUCAAACAUGAGAAAAAUAAAAGAGGAAAAGAUCAGGAGAUCUUUCUUCCUUCAGUUAGUCAAGGUACAGCUCAUGAACACCUCUGCCUAUUACACCUACCUCUUCCUCAUCUUCAAGAGUGUGGUCUAUUUUGUCAUCAUCACCUUCUCUGUGUGUUUAGAAGAGGCAUCUGCUGUGAUGGAAAGAGCUCAUUGUGCUGGAGCCUCACAAACACUGCCUGCUGAUCCUCACAUUAACCCCAUGAGAACUGCUCCGGCACCAGAGGAGCUUCAGGUGGAGGGUAAAGCAUGCAAACUGAACAUCGAAGGCCCGCAUUUGAACCCUGGGCCUGUAUUAGGAUCCGUGUGA